GUUGACCAAUUAACGAGUUUCUCUGCUGAGCUCUAGGAGGCACAGAGGCGGUGGAAACCUAACCCGGCUGCUGCUAAGUCAGGAGCCCGCCCAGGGGGCCAGCGGUAGGGGAUGGCAGAUGGGGGCCACGAUCUCAGCUUCAGGGUGGCCACAGAGCUCCAGAACACAGAGCUUGAGAGUGUAGAGGAACAGGUUUUGCACGAACACCUUUUCAGGCAUUUCAGAAGAAACAAGGUGGAGAUUGCAAGUGCAAUAACGAGGCCGUUUCCUUUCCUCAUGAGCCUCCGAGACCGCGCCUUCAUCUCCGAGCAGAUGUUUGAUCAAUUUCAAGAAGCAUGUACAAACUUGGUCCCAGUGCCGAGAGUGGUGUAUGCUGUCCUCACGGAGCUGGAGAAGACCUUCAGUCUGUCACUUCUGAAGGUGCUGUUCAGCAGCACUAAUCUGACAGCCUACCCAGACUUAGUGGAAAUUCUCGAAAGCUUCCUAAAUGUUUCCUGUGAGCACAAGGCCCUCUCGAGCUGGAGUGGAGGAGAGGCUGAAGCCGCCACCAAACAGCUACCAAGUGGCGGGGGAGAGUCCCAGAAGUUUUCUCUACAAAUGAAUGAAGGAAGAGAAUCAGAAGACAUGCCCAGGUUGUUACCUUAUGAUACAGAAGAGACCCGCGAUCCCCAAGUUCCCCAGGUGACUCGCAGCGCAGGAGGAGGACCGGAGGAGGGGCUCCCUCUGCAAGCAGAGGGCAGCGAUGCCUGUUUGGAGAUGAAUGGGAAAGAAGAGCCUGAGGAAGCUUCCUGCUGGUCCCCAGGACGUGCACCAGUAUCCUGUGAUCCGGAUACUACCCAGAUGACUCCUGAGGAAGAGCCAGAGGAGGUGGUCAGCCAGCCACCGUGUGACCGGGAAGAAGAUCACAGUUCCUACUUACCAAUGUCUGAUGGAGAAGAGUCCCAGGGAGACUCCCCAGAGUGGGAGCCCAGAAAUGGAGGCAAGGAAGAUGCCGGCUGCUGUCUGUCGGGAGCGGAUUCGGAGCUGGCGUUUCCUGUAUCCGGCGAAUUAGAAGAUCACCAAAUGAAUAAAGAAGGAGAGUUGGAGGAGCUUACUCCCAACUUGCUCUGCUAUGAUGGACAAGGAGCAGAGCAACCAGCACAGGGAAAUGAGACGUGUUCUUGUGUCAUGUGUUUCUCAAACAACGUGCCAGAAGGCCCAGGAGCAAGGGCGGACAGCAGCCAAGCCCAGGACAUGACAGACACUGUGAAUACUGGAAACAACGCUACUUUAGGAAAACCCAAGCGUAAAAGAAGGAAAAAGAAAGGACAUAACUGGUCAAGAAUAAGAAGGAAAAGGCCGCAAAACAUACACCAGAAAGAUAACAGCACAGCUAAUGACCAAGGGGCCUCCAGCAAAGAGGAGGUGGAAACGAAUCUGCAAGGCCCUGCCAAGGUCAGGGGCAGGCCAAAAUUGGGAGCACGUUCCCUCCGCUUUGCAGGGGGAAAGAGAGGCAGGUCUAGAAUCCACUUGACUCAGAAUGUGAGAGUUGCACGGAAGAGAGUCAGAUCGAGAGGUUCAAGAAAGUACAGAGAUGAAACUAUGAAUUUUCGUGCUCAAUUACUUCCUGUGAGCUGUGGUGAACUGAAAGGGAUUUUACAUAAGAAGAAAUUGAAAAAAGGAGUCUCCAUAAAGUGUAUACAGAAUGAGGCUGGAAACUGGUUCACCCCCCGCGAAUUUGAAAUUGAAGGAGGCUACGCAAGAUCAAAGAACUGGAAACUGAGCGUGUACUGUGGCGGGCGACCCCUACGAUGGCUGCUGGAGGAAGGAUUUCUGCCUCAUCCUCCAAGAAUAUAUCACAGGAAAAAAAAGAGAACACUGGAGACUCACAACAAUGUCUUUGUUGACCCCUAUCUGGGAAACUCGGAUGUGUGUGAGGUAUGUCGGCGCUGGGGACUGCUGUUCUGCUGCGACACGUGCUCCAGAGCCUUCCAUGGGGACUGCCACAUUCCACCAGUGAAACCCGAGAUGACCCCAUGGAGUUGCAGCUUCUGCAGGAUGGGCUCCCUAGAAAGCCAACAGAGUCAUCAGGAAUCUGAGAUCCUGAAGAGGCAGAUGCUGCCCGAGGAACAGCUGAGAUGUGAGUUCCUCCUCUUGAAGGUCUACUGCUGUUCUGAGAGCUCCUUUUUUGCCAAGAUUCCAUAUUAUUAUUAUCAGAUGAAGGAGACUUCUCAAGGGCUGAAGAAACCCAUGUGGUUAGACAAAAUCAGGAAAAGACUGAAUGAACAGGGCUACUCCCAGGUGGAGGAGUUUGUGCAGGACAUGCGCCUCAUCUUUCAGAACCACAGGGUCUCAUACAAGUACCAUGAAUUUGGCCAAAUGGGACUGAGACUGGAGACCGAAUUCGAGAAGAAUUUCAAAGAAGUGUUUGCUAUUCAGGAAACAAAUGAGAAUAGUUAACUGGUGCAGGAAAUGCUCUUGGUGUCUGGGCUCAAUCUCUUUUUCUGGCAAGGUCUGCCCACCCCCCGCUGUAGUGAGUGUCAUUUGCUAAGUCAAGUAUCCCAAAGUUUUCCUAUACCACAGAAAGCCAGCUUCAGCUGGAGGUACCUCCCGGCCUGAGAGCUAGUUCCCUUGCCUUAAGGUAGAACCAGGAAUGUGGUGUGCUCCUGCUCCCAAGGAAUCAGGUUGAAGCUAUCUCCAGCUGGCUUAGCUUUCCCCACCACAUUAUGCUGCUGCCCUGGCCCCUCUUCUCCUGAGAGAGCUUCACAGUAAACCAGUGUCUUAAGAGACUUUACCUCGGACUCUGCUUCUAGGGGACUGCGUUGUCAGUUUUUCAUCACUGUAACAAACACCUGAGUGUCUUAGUCAGCUUUUUUGCUGUUAUGACUAAAGGACCUGACCAGCACAACUGUAGAGGAGGAAACGUU